UAUGUUUAUUAUUCUUACAGCUACAACUACAUACUUAAAAACUCAAGAAUUGAUGAGAAAGUAUAUUUUUUGUUUAAAAUAAUUAAAAUAAAGAAACGCAUUAAAUUAAGACGCAGCAGAAGAAGUAAAAAAUAAAGAAGAUAUCAGCAAUAUUUUAGAUUUUUUUCUAUACAAUAAACAAACUUAGAUAAUAGGAAAAAUUUUGCCUAACUAAAGGUAAGACAAACAGUAAGAAACAUGUGGAAUUCGGAAGCACGGCAACAGCAGCAAAAUGGUGUUACUACCUCAACAUCCAAUACAACACACAAUUCUUCUGGACCAAAUGCACAGAAUAAUGGUGGCAGUAAUGGCUCUUCACAGCAGCCGGCCAAACAGCUGGGUAUGACUUCAGCCAUAAGUUUGGCUGGUCCACGACCAGAAGAUUUACAAAAAACUGAAGAGCUACGCAAAGCUUUGGAGCCUUACAAGGUUUUUGAAACAGAAGAAGAAUUAAAUCAUCGCAUGGAAAUACUUGCCAAACUUAAUACUCUUGUCAAACAGUGGGUUAAAGAGAUUUCAUUAGCCAAGAAUAUGCCCGAAGUGGCGGCUCAAAAGUUGGGUGGUAAAAUUUAUACCUUCGGUUCGUAUCGUUUGGGAGUUCAUCAUAAAGGUGCUGAUAUUGACGCAUUGUGUGUAGCGCCACGCAAUAUAGAACGUGCUGAUUAUUUCACAUCAUUCUUUGAACUGUUGAAAAAACAACCAGAAGUAACCGAAUGUCGAGCCGUUGAAGAGGCUUUUGUACCGGUUAUAAAAAUGAAUUUCGAUGGCAUCGAAAUUGAUUUACUUUUCGCUCGUUUAUCUCUCAAAGAGAUACCGGACGAUUUUGAUUUGCGCGAUGAUAACCUAUUGAAGAAUUUGGAUCCACGUUCGGUGCGCAGUUUAAACGGUUGUCGGGUGACAGAUGAGAUAUUGUCGUUAGUACCGAAUAUAGAGAAUUUUCGUUUAGCAUUGCGUUCCAUAAAGUUAUGGGCUAAAAAACAUGGCAUCUAUUCAAAUUCAUUGGGUUAUUUUGGCGGUGUUACCUGGGCCAUGUUGGUGGCUCGAACCUGUCAAUUGUAUCCGAAUGCCACAGCCUCAACUUUGGUCCAUAAGUUCUUUUUAGUUUUCUCACGUUGGAAGUGGCCAAAUCCUGUCUUGCUAAAACAUCCCGAUAAUGUUAAUUUAAGAUUUCCCGUAUGGGAUCCUCGUGUUAAUGCCUCAGAUCGUUAUCAUUUAAUGCCGAUUAUAACGCCAGCAUAUCCACAACAGAAUUCCACCUUUAACGUUUCGGAAUCUACAAAGAAAGUUAUAUUAAUGGAGUUUAAUAGGGGCAUGUCGACAACAGAUGAAAUUAUGUUGGGCAGAGCUUCGUGGGAUAGAUUAUUUGAGGCUCCCAGUUUCUUUUAUAGAUAUCGCCACUUUAUUGUUUUAUUGGUUAACUCACAAACCGCUGACGAUCAUUUGGAAUGGUGCGGUUUGGUUGAGUCUAAGAUACGUCUUUUGAUUGGCAACUUAGAGCGUAAUCAACACAUUUCAUUGGCCCAUGUCAAUCCCAAGUGUUUUGAUCAUAAAAAGGGCAAUAGUAAUAGUAAUAAUUCAUGUUCUCAGAAUAGCAGUAGCGGCAAUGAAGAUGAUAAAUCUCAAAAUCCAGCUACUGCAGCUGGUGGCAAUGCAGCACCUGCUGCCGGUCAGGCCUCAUUAUCCACAUCGCCUUACUGUUCGAUGUGGUUUAUUGGUUUGGAAUUUGAGCGUACGGAAAAUUUAAAUGUUGAUUUAACCGAAAGUAUACAGAAUUUUACAGAGCAUGUUAUACAGCAUGGUGUAAUGGCUGACAAACGUCUUGGAUUACGACCAUACAAAGACGCUGCAUUACAAGAUGACAACACCGCCGACGCAGACAACGAAGAAUUUGUGGAGGAGGAGGAGGCAGCAGCAGAAGAGGAUGACGAUGUAGCGGAGGAGGAGGUUAAACGUUGA